CGCAGUACAGAACACUACGGCUUCCGUGGCUGGCUUCAAGUGGUUUGGUGCACUAUUGACGAGAGCAGCCAGUGAUCCUGGGAAGAGCUCACAAUCGGACUUUGGUGGGAGCCACGGCGUCCUCAAGUCGGGAGAAGCGGGGUGAGACUAUAUUAUCCACAUCUCGCGAGGAGAGGGUGUACGUUUUCCUGCAAUUUUCUCAUCAUAGCAACAGAAAUGGCCGCUUUUCGCAGACUCUUUUCGGUGGUGAACCGACUAAAUAUCUGGUGCGCUCCGAAAUCCGAGCUCCUCGGCGCACAGACAGCAACCGGUGGAAGGACUCGGAGAUGUCUGUCUUUUGGGAUGUGUCUCGCAACCGGCGGAGCGGUGGCUAUUUAUUUUUACAACGAAAUGCACGGUCAGAGAUGCAGGACGAGGAUGGGAUACAGUUUCAGUGGCCGUGACCUGCUUCCUUCCCUUCCUGCGGUUACAGCUCAGCAAAAGGCGCAGCCAUUUGACUUCGAGGACGGUGAUGUGUACAUGUCGUCCCAUGAACACCGCUUCCGUUUGUUCAGCUCCGUGGAAUAUGAGGGACAGCUCUACAUGACCCCACAGAACUUCAUAGAGUCCGUCACCAUGAGUGAGCCCCAGAAAAAGAAGCCGUGGAGGUCCCUCACCAAACAGGAGCUGGAGAAGAUCUUGAUAGAUACACCAGCCGUGUGGCAGGGGACGUCCAAGCUGUUCCGCAACCUACGGGAACGAGGCAUCAUCGCUUACACAGAGUAUCUGUUUCUCCUCUGCAUUCUGACAAAGCCCCAUGCCGGCUUCAAGAUCGCCUUCAAAAUGUUCGACGCCGACGGCAACCAGAUGGUUGACAAGAGGGAGUUCCUAGUGCUUCAGGAAAUCUUCAGGAAGAAAAAUGAGAAGAAGGGAAGGAAAGGGGAUGUGGAGAAGUCAGCUCAGCUGAGUAUGCAGCUCUAUGGAUAUCAGGUUGCUCCCAUCAACAGCGUGCUUAAAAGGGACAGUCAGGAGUUUGUGGCCAGGAGCUACUGGGAUGUGCUGAGGCGGGGCGCGAGUCAAGCUCUCUUUUCAGACCUGGCGGAGCGCGCGGAAGAGGGCAUGAUGAUUGACACCACGCUGCUGGUGCACUUCUUUGGGAAGAAGGGAAAGGCGGAGCUGACCUUUGACGACUUUUACAGGUUCAUGGACAACCUUCAGACAGAGGUGCUGGAGAUAGAGUUCCUGACCUACUCUAAAGGCAUGACCACCAUCAGCGAAGAGGACUUUGCCCGAAUACUGCUGCGCUAUACCAACGUGGAGAACAUCAGCAGCUACCUGGACAACGUUCGUCAGAGUAUUCCUGACGACAAGGGAAUCACAUUCGAUGAGUUCCGGUCCUUCUUCCAGUUCCUCAACAACCUGGAGGACUUUGCUAUUGCCAUGCAGAUGUACAACUUUGCCAGUCGCUCAAUUGGCCAAGAUGAGUUUGCGCGGGCCGUGUACGUGGCCACAGGCCUGAAGUUGACACGUCACCUGGUCAACACCAUCUUCAAGAUCUUCGACGUGGACCACGAUGACCAGCUGAGCUACAAAGAGUUCAUCGGCAUCAUGAAGGACCGACUGCACCGCGGAGGGAGGGGCUUCAAAACUGCAGAGCGAUUCACCUCCUUCAAGUCAUGUAUGAAGAAGGAGCUGGCUAGCAGAUAAGUAUUACCCAUAAUCCACUCAUCUCUUAUAUCACAUCUAUGACCUAUGGCCUUUUACCUGUUCUCAUUGAACGUGACGCCUGAACGGCUGUCCCCUCUGGCAUCAGCGCAUGUCUAAAGGCAACAUGUACUUAUGUUGGACAUACAGUAAUCUCAUUAGUAUACAGAGAGUGGAGACUCUCUGUCUGCCACCCCACUAACCCAAAUAUCGGGAUGCAUGUAUGGACAGAGAAGCACAACGGGUAAAAUAGGUGAAAGUUCAUACCGGAAUAAAGGGUUAAUGAGGCCUUUACGUAACUCCGAACAUUUGCUACGACACAGUGUUGUAACACCAAAUAUAGCCUGGUUCCUGGUCAUCAGUGUGUUUCCUUCCCAGCUGUGCCAAACGAUGGCUAUAGGAUUUGGUAGGUGGGCAGCACAUGGAUGAGCACAGGUAUUAACCUAUCCCCUGCACCCAGGCUGUAUGUCCCGAUUGAUGGUGCCGUUGUCGUCUUGUACCAGGUGAACAACAGACACCACUUGCCCUUUCCCAGCUGCGUGCGCGUUGAGGCCGGGAAACAUGUCCGCCAGCUCCGGAGAAGGUUCCAGGAGAAGGUCUAAAAUGUAAAGAAGAGAAGGACAGGAAGAAGAGCCUGAGGAGAAGAGGAGAGAUGGAUGAUGCUGGAAGAUGGAGGAUUCUGUCAACUACAAAUGGGAGACCGUUGUAGUUCUGUAUGGUUCUACAUUCUGAUAGGUCAUCAACCCCAGACGGUAGCAUGCGGCAAAGCUGACGUCUUGCAAGAGACAUUUCAUUGGUUUCCGUUGUCCAGCUUAUCCAAUCAUGGAUCAAUUCCUUAAUGAAUGUGGAUCCCAACUUUUAGUAGGGCAGAAGUGUAUAGCCUGCAACAUAUACUAUUUAAGCAUUAAAUGCACUAAAAUGACAAAAAGCACAACAAACAGUUGUAAUUAAUCAUUGAUUAACCAUAAUAUGGAACAGUUUAUGGUAAAACUCCCAUGCUACAAUAACGUUUGUUAAAUGUGUUACUUGAAUUACAGUUAGUAUGCAUGGUCCAAAUAAAGUAACUGUUUUAAAUGCCUUUACUGAUAAGAGAAGUGUAGGGGACAUGGUAGAGAAUCCUGUCUUUAUUGUGUAUUUUUUUACGAAGCCUUUAUGAUGCACAGUUUACAUAGGCCUACUUGCAUAGGUAUAUUCAGCUGCAUGUUUAGCCAGCGGGUAAACCAAUAAAGAACAUAUGUUAUGAAAAUGCUCGUAAUCUGUGAUGUACCAAAUGAGAGAGAAAAAAGGACAGACAAGCAGUGGCAGAGACCGGGGGAGAGAUGAAACAGGUGGAGUGAGAGCUAAAAUCUAUUCUAUAAUAAGACUCCAAUUUGCUUGUCUGUUGAAUAUUAUAUUUAUAAUCGUUAAGAGCAGCAUGUUUGAGGUGAGAGAGAAGUAUAUAAUGUUGUUGUGCCUUUUUGCUACACAUCCAGUAUCUGUAAAAACAAUUUCCUAAUCGGUUUGCAGUAUAGCUCUUAAUAGCAAUAUUAUGAGCUAUCGGCUAUGCAUGUGAUUUAAUUCUAUACAAGAAUUAUAAUCAGUUUUUUUAUGUUAUUAUUUCCCUCUGAAUAUUAACUCCCAAGUAUUUGACUCUGCUUAUUGCAUCAUAGAAAAAUGUGUCACAUAUUUUUUCACGAUUCCCCCAGUGGUGAAUUGUAUGGUUGGUGUGAAAAGAUCUUGACAGAACAAAAAGAAAAGUGCAACGAAUGCAUGAAUAAAGAUUUUAAAAAGAAAAA